AUGUGUUUGCUAAUUUUACAUUUCUGUUCAACACAGCUACGUGAGCUGGGUCUGAUCAACAGGUACCGGACCGACGACGCCUUCAGGAAGGCUUGCGGAAUGCUGGACGGCCUAGCCUUCGUGCCUCCCGACCUUGUGCCAUCUGGACUUCAGCACAUUCGUGACAUGGCACCCGACGACAUGGCCGAAAUACUCGCGUGCUUUGACUCCACGUACGUGAGCGGAACGUUUCGCACUGCUUCAAGAACGGAAGCAGAUGGACGACUGACAACCACCGUGUGCCGCCGACGCCCCGAGUUUCCUCCGGAAAUCUGGAACGUCAUGGAAGCAACGCUGCGAGGGGAGGACCGCACAAACAACGCCUGCGAGGGCUGGAAUAACGCCUUUAAACACCUCGUUGGGCAUUCUCAUCCGAGUGUUUGGAGGCUCAUCGAGUGCCUGCAGCAAGACCAAGCGGUCGCCAGUACAACCUUGCUGCAAGUCAGCCGUGGAGAGCCGCCCGCUAAGAAGACGAGAAGGGAGACAAGCCGACUGCUAGGCCGACUGCACCACCUCUGCACGGAUUAUUUGCAGCACAAGCAGCUCCCCGUGCUCCUCGAAGCAGUUGGGCAGUGCAUUCGUUUUUGA